UAUGUUGUUACUCGCUCCUAGCAUGGAAGGCACGGAGGAGGCUGUGUCACAUAUACUACGACUUAUUUAACCAUGCACUUGACGUUAACCAGCUGUUCAUGAUUUGUAUCCAAUCAGGAGCCUAAACGUCCCCAUAGUGUCGUCAUUGUAGCGACAUUUAAGCUCACGAUACAAUAUAAAUCGUAAGACAAAGUACCUUACGCAUGCGUAUGUGAAACGACCGUAUGGUUGUUGAUGGUAAUCAUUGUACAUAUUAAUAAUAUAAUAAUACACGUGUGAACAUUUUAGAAAUGUUCUCUCGUUAAUAAAUUAAUGUAUUUCUGUGUAAAUUAUUCAACAAUACUGAGAUAAUUUUUCGUCAAUUUCCAAAGUGUCCGCGUUCCAGCAAAAUUUUUAUUUCAGGUGCUGAGAAUUUGCAGUUUUGGGUCUUGAAACCAUUUAAGGUUUUGAUCUUGCAGCAAUAAUUGGAAGAUGUAUUGAAGAGAAACUGCAUAUGUUGCCUGUAGAAUAGUGAAAUUAGUUAACAAGUGUAUAGUUUUGGUUGUUUUGAGUACUUGUGAAUAACUGAAUGAGUGAAGUGAAGUGAACAUUUGUGUUCUCACUAGAACAAUGGCAUCAAAUUCAAAACAGUACGGCUUGAUCCUGCCCCAAAAAGCUAAUCAGGGAUUGGUAAGGGAUCGGCCUUCAGUCUUUAAUGACAGCAGCGAAUCGGAAGAUGACACUGGUGCUACAGAUUGGGUCAGGAAAGCUCUAAAGCGGGAGUCUGAGAAAACAUUCCAAAAGAAACAGAAUCAGGUAAAUAUACAGAAAGCUCUGGAGGAAGAUCCUACUGUUUAUCAGUAUGAUGAAGUGUAUGACACAAUUGUGGAGAAAAAAGCGGAAUUAUUACAAGCUAAAAAGCAACAAGAUAAAAAGCCUCGCUAUAUCCAAUCUUUACUUCAGCAAGCUGAAAAACGGAAAAGAGAACAUGAACGUCGCAAUGAGCGAAUAAUUCAGAAAGAAAGAGAAGCUGAAGGAGACAAAUUCAAAGACAAAGAGUCUUUUGUAACAUCUGCUUACAGACAGAAGCUAGAAGAAUUCAAGAAGUUGGACGAAGAAGAGAUGCGUCAAGAUGCAAUAGAAGCUCUAACUGAUGUAUCAAAACAGAAAGAUUUAAGUGGAUUUUACAGACAUCUUUAUCGGCAGACUGUUUCUGGAGAACAAGAAUGUGUGCCUGUUAAACAAGAUCCAGAUGAUCCAACAGAGAAGAGUAGUGAGAAACCAGAGCCAGCAAAUGAAGAAACAGUAUUUCAAAGUGAAACAGAAAAGAAUAAUGAACGUAAUGUGUCUCCUUCAGGAAAUGGUGUAUUGGAUUCUGUUGAUAAUUCAGAUAAGAAAAAUAACAGCAGGCGCUAUCGAAGGAGAAAAAAUUCUUCUGCUUCUUCCAAGUCUGAUGAUUCAACCAAACCGAGAACUACGGAUAAUGUAGAUGCUGAUUCAGAUUUUUCUGUUGACAGUGAUAGCUCUGAAAGUGGAAGUGAUGAAAGCAUAAAAGGUAAGGGCCAAGGAUAUAAAAAAAAUGAAAAGAAAGAUGUAGAUAAAGUUGAGAGUGAUGCAACUGCAGAAAACAGUUCUGUGCCGUCAAAAGGAGAAAAAGAGAAUUCAGGGAACAAUCAAAAGAAACGAAGCAAUGAAGACUUGGUUGAUACAACAAAUAAGAAAAUAAAAGUAGAAAAGACUGUAGAGAAGGAGGAAGUAAAUCCAGAAAUGAAAGUGCUUAAGCAAGAGAAGAAACCAUCUGUGCCAAAACCAAAUAUAUGGAUAAAGCGAACAGUAGGAGAUGUUUUUGAGAGUGCACUUCAAAGAUACUAUCAAAGAAAAGCAGAUAAACUUGCAAGUAAAGGGUAAUGUUCAAACAAUGAAGCCAAUUUUGUUUAGGAAAUAGUUGUACUUAGGGAAAUUGUAUUUUAAUUUUGAAUUUAUUGCCUCAAGAAGUUGCAUUACAAAUGAAAAGAUCCAAUUGUAUUUAUUCAGUAUGUAUUAGUGUUUAUGUUUGAAAAUAAAACUUUGGUG